CUGGCUGGAUAUAGUAUUUAAGGGUCGGUGAACGCGAGGGAGACAGCAUGAUUCGAUCAUCAGUUGGUGUUUGUAGUGUGACCAUUGCCAGGAUCUCAAGAGUUUUAGAUUCGGACGAAGUAUCAAAGAAAGGCCUUGGUAGAGCACGACUGAGGUAUUCACAAUGGACUUCAAAGGACUCGAACAAAGGAAGCACCAUGGCCUACAAUGCAUGGUACACAGGAGAAAGGGCUUUGUGAGAUUGAUGGAGACAGAGUGAAAGUCUUCCGUACCACGUCUCCUCCUGUAGAAUUCGGAUGUUCCUAUAUGUUGCACGAUUAGGGCUGCAUCCCAAACUCUCAAACAACCAGAUUCGUUUCUAAAGAGCACAUUAGAUUAUCAAGCAUAUGCUCAAACUUGUCCGCCGCCUCGGGCUCGGUUCACCCGAUGCGCCUUCGAUUCCGGGCAUGCAAGUGGUAGACUGGCGUAUCCUUGAGCUCCCAACCAGCAAUACCAUCAUUGCCCUCUGCCACAAGGACUCAGUGCUCUAUAUCACAGCGUAUGACGCGAAGUCACCGCCCAAUACCAACCAACUAACAAAAUUCUCGUCCGCGGUAAACGAAAUGCGGAUGGAUAGCGUUGACCUUGCGAACAUCUAUCCCAGAUACACCGCUCAGUUUGCACUAUACUGUAAGAAAGAUGGCGCCACUGCAAAGGACGUUUACAUCAAACAUACUCGGGCCCUCGACGUCAUCGCCGCAUAUGGCAUGUCUGCCGUGCAAACAUCGCGUGCGAGCCAAAUUACGGCACAUGAGGCUAGCAUCUGCGACCGGCUAGGGCUGCAGCCGCACGCAAACAUCGCCCAAUAUCUAGGCGUGCAGGUGCGUGACGAGCUCGAUUUCGAAUACAAAGGCGGUAAAAUCGCGGUGCCGCUGGCGCAGAACAGUGUGGUAGGUCUCGUAUUCAAGAAAUACGAUUGCACGUUGCACGAGAUGGUAAUCCGGCGCCAAAAGAUCGAUGUGAAGCUGUGUCUUCAGUCUAUCUCUGCUGCCAUUGAACACAUGCACUAUUGGGGAGUAGUACAUGGCGAUAUAAGGCCACAGAACGUAUACGUUGAGCGUGGCUUCAGGGAUCAUUUUGUUGUUGGAGAUUUCGACUGUGCACAAGAUACGGGUAGUGUUAUUGCACUCAAGACUGGGGAUUCGCGUUGGAGCAAACGCAAGCAGAUUGGAAAGGACACUGCGCAGGAAGACGACGACUGGUCUGCAUUUCGGACACUGAUGGAGUGGCUGGUGCGCGAGACAGGCGGACAACUUGUUGAAUUCAAGGGUAUUGGGAAGGCACGGGUGUCCUGAUGUUCCGAGAACAGACUUGAAUCAUAGACGGCACUUCUUCGAGUGUAUUGUAAAUGAAGUCAGACAACAAAG